AUGAAGCGGCCUACUCCGUCAGGCACGGACAGGAGCAAACACUACGCCUACCACAAGAAGAUGGGUCAUACCACCGAAGAGUGUGUGACCCUAAAGGAUAAAAUUGAAGAGUUGAUCCGGGCGAGGCAGCUCAAGAAGUACAUUUGGGUUUACCGCCCUCAGGCACCCGCGGAGCGGCCCGCCCCGCGACAGACAUACAGGCCCGACAGGUCUAGGAAUGAUCGAGCUGAUCGCCCCCGCUCGAAGCGACGACGAAGCAGAAGUCGCAGUAGAAGCCACGAACGUCCCUUGCGUCACGUGCGGGCCCUGCAGUCCGUGCACUCGGUGGACAAGCCCCGCCGCACGAUGCUGCCCAUCACGUUCUCGGAUGACGACUUCCACGCCUCCGACCCCGACCAGGAUGAUCCGAUGGUCAUAACGACAGAGAUCGCCAAGUACGGCGUCAGCAAAGUCUUGGUCGAUCAGGGGAGUUCGAUGAACAUCCUCUACUGGAAAACUUUCCAGUAG